AAGAAUGCGGCUUGAAGGAAGCUUUAGAAGAGAGUUGAAGGGGAACUUGAGAAAGAAGACUUCUCAAAAUUGAAUUCGAGGAAGGUUAGAGGGUUCAGCCAUGGCCCUAGCGUGGCAAAACUUUGUCAGGAUGACUCCCAAUGGAUUUACAUUUGCUGGUGUGUGUCGCAGGGUUUCCCUCCCGUGGCAAAACCCCGUCCAUGAGCUGGACUAUGCCCGACAGAAAUUCCUGGCCACUGCAAUCGAUGACACCGAAAAAGAUGAACUGACAGACUUGCUUGGCGAGGUCCGAUCUGUGCCAUUGAUGGCAUACACAGCAGCAGUGUGGAAGGACGAACAGUCCAAGAUUGACACGCAAAAACGAGUAAACAUGAAGUUGAGAGAUGAGUUUGUGACGGAGAUGACCCCUUUGCUGGGGGACCCAAGUUGGUCCAAUCCACAACGUUUGCAGUACAUCCGAGACUUGGCCAUUGGUCAGGCAACCUCUGACCCAGCAGACUUUUUUGAUGAGACCGUGUACGACUGCUUCUUCAAGCCAUAUAUUUAUGAGGCAGACGGCAAGUUUUCCUUUGCAAGCAACCCGUGGACUGUUUGCGUAGCAUACUGCGUAGACGCGAGCGGGACACUGCUGAAACAAAGCAAGUUUCCGGUUCUGCAAUGGUGCCAGAACGAGCAAAGACUGCAGCAAACUUGCGCGGGUUGGUGAGCUCGUGAAAGGCACGCUGCGGCGAUGGUUCCCUUCGGCAAAAAGCCCACUGAGCGGCGACCAGAAAAAGCUACGCUGGCGCGUGGAGAGCAUUUGCAGGAGGCAUGGGAGGCAACAUGGCUGGCAUCCAGAGGAAGGGGAGCCAUAUUUUCAACAACUGCUGAAUUGGUCGAAUAGCGGUGUAAACGUCAGCAUACGAGAGCGUCAGUUGAACAGAACAAAGCAAAACAAACCGUGUCGGUUGGACAUGAGGUGGUGCACAUACUUAGAGAUGUUGCGCAAUGCGAAUGCGCAUGUCACCUCUAGAAAUAGAGCUGACUAUGAGGAACUAUUAUUUAAUUGCUUGCCGAGCCAAACAGGCUUGCUAUUGGCGGCUUUGAGGAAUUUCACUCUGUCCAGACCAAGGUGAGAGCCAGGUGCACGCUGUUGAAGAUGUG